AAUAUCAUUCUCAAGAGACUACUAGAACACUCCAAAAUCACAAAUAAAAAUCACAAAUAAGGAAGAAGAAGGAGAGAUUAGUGUUUUCGUGAAGCGAAAAACAUCACAUAAUUGUUGAUUACAGAGAUUGUCAAGUUUUGGAACACACUAUAAUUGUGAGAAACAGAGAAAUGGCUGUGCUUGAUCAAACUUCAAAUAUGAUGUUACCUAUGGAUUAUACAAGAAAGAAGAAAUCAAGGAGUAGAAAAGAUGCGCCGAAGAAUGUAGCAGACACACUUGCGAAGUGGAAAGAGGUGAAUGAGAAAUUAGAUGGGUGUGAUGAUGAUGGAAGAAAGCCAGUGCGUAAAGUUCCUGCUAAAGGAUCAAAGAAGGGAUGUAUGAAAGGUAAAGGAGGACCAGAUAACGGGCGGUGCAAGUAUAGAGGUGUUAGGCAGAGGACAUGGGGUAAAUGGGUUGCUGAGAUUAGGGAGCCACAUAGAGGGAGAAGGCUUUGGUUGGGUACAUUUGACACAGCAAUUGAGGCUGCUCUUGCUUAUGAUGAAGCUGCAAGGGCAAUGUAUGGUCCUUGUGCAAGGCUGAAUCUCCCGGAUUAUUACCCUUCGUCGAAAGAGUCUUCUAAGGACGAUUCUUCAUUGCCUACGGAAUCUCAUUCUGACUCGAAUACAGCAUCAAGUUUCUCUGAUGUGUGCCCUGCUGAUGACAUGAUGAGAGGAAGAGUCAAUGUUCCUGAGAUCAGAUAUGAAGAUGGAGCAAGUGAAAUGAAAUUUGAUGGUACUAGGACUGGUUCAAAUAAAGUUGGAACACCUCUGAGCUCAUUGAGAGAGGAAGCGAAAGACGAGGCUAAGGAGGUGUUAGAUAAAAGUGAGACCUUUACACCUCUGAGCUCGUUGAGAGAGGAAGCGGAAGAUGAGGCCAAGGAGGUGUUAGAUAAAAGUGAGACCUUUGAAAUUAAAGAAGAGCCUGCGGCUUGUAGUUAUGAUUUGUGGGAUAUUGGACAAGAGGACCUAGGCAACUUGUGUUUGGAUGAUGAGAUGUUUGAUGUAAAUGAGCUAUUAGGCAUGAUGGAUUCGACUCCACUAGAUGCCUCGGCUCCAAGUCAAGAUGUUGGUUUUGUUCCUCCUAAACAAGAGCAGUAUGCCUAUGAUCCUUCAUACCGAUUGCAGAAUGCUGCCUACAAUAAUCAGUUGUCAAAUCCAUCAUACCAGUUGGAAAACGCUGAUGACCAGUUCUCAAAUCCAUAUCAGUUGGACAAUGCAGACGUCAAUACAUUGGAAGGUCUGCAGCAAAUGGAGCAGCAACCACCUAUCGAGAUUGAUUACGAUUUUGAUUUUCUGAGACCAGGCCGGCAGGAGGACUUCAACUUCUGCUUAGAUGACUUGGGUGUCUUGGAUUUCUAAUGGAACCGGGGAAUUCGACAUGGUGAAGUUGGUAUAAGCUACGCGCAGAGGCGAACUGGAUGUAGUACUGCUCGGAAUAGGAUCUUACUGUUUGCUAUUGCAGAAUAUAUGCAAUGAUCAGAAACUCUUCAAAUUGUUAGUAGUUCAAAAGGUCUUUUCCAG